CAAGCAAGAACAGCAGCGUUCAUUUCAUCGUACACAAACACCUGUGAGGUGACGAGGAUAGAGCGAUGAAGUUCACAGCGGGAAGCAGCGGGUUGGUGCUUGGGUUGGUAGGCUGCUCUCAGGCCUUCGUAACUCCCCCCGUCACAGGUCUUGGCGGACGGGUUUACGCAGGGCGUUCGGCGGCGUCUGUGUCCGGGCCUCGCAUGAUGUUGCCGAUGGCGCCCUUCGCGGGGGCCGCCGUGGCCCACCUGAUCGGAUCGAACCCGAUCAACCCGGAGCACCUGGUUUCUGCCAAGUCGCAGCCCACCCACCUCGUGGCCUACAAGGAGACGCGGGAGGGGCUGUACGGUCCCUACGAGGUGGAGGUGCAGGAGCGAGCACCGGAGACGGACUUCGGAAUCAGCACGUUUAAGAAGAAGGAGGAGACGGAGGAGGGGCGAGACAAGUAUACUUCGGUUCUAGCGGUGCUGCUGGCCGGCUCUUUCGUGAUCCCAAUGGUGCAGUACUGGUGGUACAUCCGCGAUGACGACCGUGAAAUCCGUUAGGCCAAGGAAGGAGCAGCGGGCGGCACGUGGGGCCAUGGAGUAACUCCAACACAAAAUAACCGUAAUGUAUGUCGUCUGUAAGGCAGUUUCGUGUUGGAACGUCUUGUCUCAGUGGAGCCUUGUACAGAGCACCGCAGUAGUAGCGGCCGUCUACUCCUGUUUGGGCUCAGACCGGGUGUGAUCCUUUGGUGGAGAAAUUAAACAGGAGACGGAGAUGAAGAAUGAGGAGAGAUACGGACAGUGGGGAGGGCAACAAAAUGUCGCCCCGUUCUCUCCAUGCACAUGGGGUCGGCGUAGCGGGUGCAUAGUACAGCAGAGAAGCGGGCGACAUGUCAGCGUCGCUUGCUUCUUACUAGAGUCCAUCGAUAACCCCGUUUGUGCACCCCGGUGUGGCCGCAUGCGCUCGAAAGCGCCGAAAGUGCUCGUGAACUGGUUGGAGGUGUUGCAGGGGGAGGCCCCCGCUCGCCGUGUUUCGGGGGAAGGGUAGUAGCGAGAGCUGCCGAGACGGCGGAUAGUUCGCGCGUUCCUGUUGUCUCCUCGUUUUCCUUUUUUGUUUCUUCUAAGAACGUGGGGGGGGGUGCCAUAGAGGUCCCCGAACACGGUGUGAUCCAUCGCCUUGUGGAGGUAGCGCAUCGACGCGAUCGAGAGAAAGGCAAACAUCCGCCAAAACCCGAAAUGCAUGGUGCGUGCAUGCUCAGUCUGGAUGUGAUGUGAAUGGGUGGGACGUUUUUUUCGGAUCGUGAUGGAAGUCUUGAUGAAAAGGAAUUGCCUCGCGGGGGGGGGGGGGGCUU